AUGACGAGCUUUCCCACCAAGCUAAUGGACACAGGAAAGGUCACAUCCGCCAAGUCUACUCUGACCCUCAAGAUUCGUCCUGCGCCUGGGAAAUACAUCCGAUCCCAGAAGGGGCUCUUCUCCUUUUGCCAGCUCCCAGUUGACAUUCGCUACCUCAUCUAUGAAUUCGCACUCGUCGAACCGAAGAGACGGGACAUUGAACACACGCCUGACUGUUCCUGGUAUUCCCAAUGUCUUGAACACCUCGAGCCUCCCGCUUUCCUUCUCAAAGAUAUGCAAAUUUUUGAGGAGCCUCCUCGUCUAUUCUGGGACCUAGAUGGCUAUUACUGGGUUCGGGAAGCUUUGUGCCGUUGCGACCAGCGUAAGGGAGUUGGACUACUGUUGGCCAGCAGAAAGGUGCAUGCCGAAGCAGCGCCCAUGUUCUGGUCUAAGAACACCUUCAGUUUUCUGAGCGGCCACGAGGUUAUCACGGCUUUGAACCAUCUUCUCCGGCCAAAAUAUCGAGACCUCAUCUCCUCCAUCAGUGUGUUGAGUGCUGAUCAGCGCGGCACACCUUUGAAUGUGCGAUUUGCCAACAAUAUGAAACAGGGAUGUGGCCCGGUGCCAUGGGACUCAUUCUGGCAGACGAUGUCAAGAUGCCGAAACCUGAAGGCAAUUGAGGUUCCUACCAUUGCUUUGGAAAAUUCUCCAUACAGAUUCCAUCAAUUCGCGAUAGAGCAGCCUGCGCUGAGCACAAUACUCGUCGACCUCAUGCCAUUUCGCAAGGGGACGGAUAAUCUGUUUCAAUACCCCGUCGGUAUGCACAUAUACGAGUGGUACACGCACAAAUAUGAGACCAUCUACGCUGGGACUUCGUUCAAAUUGCAAACUGUUCAGGAACUGAGGGAUUCCGGCGAGGAACCUUGCCUUGAUACUUGGAAGAGGCGCGCAAGAGAAAGCAUGGACCCUCUUCGCCGCAUUCGCGAGGCCAUUACAGAGACAUGUUUACGCAAUUUUGACGAGCCUCAUGGACACGACUGGUAUCUUCAUCGCAUUAUCGACAGCAAGGAAAAAAGAUUUGUCUGCCUCGACUUGGGUGAGGGCAAAUCCUCUCCUGUCAAGUUCUACGGCCUUCCCGCACCCCUCAAGGAAGCUCGGCAAAUUGCCUGGGAAAGUCGUCUCAAGGACGAGGAGUUCAGAAAAUUGAAUGGAAUGUACCCCAGUCACAGCUCGUUGAAGGAAGGGCACCGCUUCAUUAGGAAGAUAAUAGAGGAGGAGGGGUUGGAUGAGGAGCAGGCCGCCGGGCUGCGGGAUAUGAAAAUCAGCUAUGGCUGCACUGGUUAUUCCGACUCUGAGCUGUCUGACUCUGAGCUGUCUGACUUUGAGCCGUUUGACUCUGGGCCGUCUCGCACUGAGCCGCCUUACACUGAGCCGAAUAUCGUUUUAGCGACCUCUCAUUUGCCUCGUGCAAUCAGCAACCGGCGGGUGAAUAAGAAGGUUCUCAAGGAUAAGAAAAAGGCGAUAAAGACUGAUGCUGAAAAUCGUCGCAAGGAGAAGAAACGGGAUCAUGAGUGGGUUUGCAGAGAAUCACUACUCAACAACGAUGUCGACGACGACUACUGUUAUUAG